AUGUCUAAAGGACGAGCAGCAGCAGAUCAAAUUGUGAAGUUAAUAGUGGGGGCAGGGCAGGCAAGCCCCAGCCCGCCCGUCGGUCCUGCGCUGGGAAGUAAAGGAGUGAAGUCGAUGGAUUUCUGCAAGGAGUUCAAUGCCAGGACAGCCCACAUCACCCCCGGGGUCCCCAUCCCAGCCCGCGUCACUGUCCGCCCCGACCGAUCUUUCCAUUUCGAGAUCCGCACUCCCACGACCUCCUACCUAUUACUGAAAGCUGCGGGCGUCGAAUUGGUGAAGGGGAAACUUAAGGGCGCGAACAAUCCGGGCAAGGAGACGGUGGGCUGGAUUAGUCUGAAGCAUGUCUACGAGAUUGCGAAGAUUAAGCAGUCUGAGUUGAGAUUGAGCGGGCUGAGCUUGCAGGGUAUCUGCAAGAGUAUUAUUGCGCAGGCGAAGACGGUGGGGGUGGAGAUCAGGCCGUAG